AUGGCAAUGACACCUUCUUCUAUCCACCCUUAUAAGAAGCAUUUAUUACAAUCUCGAAAUCUCCCCUUCGAAACUGCUAAUAAUGUUUCUCCAGAAUUGAGGCAGGCAUCACCCGCUGUAAGUGAAGGCAAUACAUACCAAAACGAUAGGUUUACCUCCACCACUUCUAUAAAUAGACCACCAUCAAAUGUCUCAAACUCAUUCUCAAACUUAGGACCACAAUCUAGAGCUCAAUCACAAUCGCAAUUACAGUUACAAGCUCCAUCACUAAGAGAGACAGUAUCUGACAUUUCGGGAAAUAAUAUCAAUAAUACUAAUAAUAAUCUAAGCCAAGAAUAUUUCGAUUUACCUCCCCCUUCACUACCGCAUUCAGGACAGAGAUCAAUAGUAUCAUUAAAUUCUCCAUCUCCUGCUGCAUCUUCUUCUUCCUCUUCCAGUGUCGCAAUUAAUAAAAUUAACAGAAAUAACAAUAACAGUAACAAUAUUUUUGCUAAUGGGUCAACAAGUUCUUUGAAUACCAAUACAACAGGCAAUAAUAAGAAUACAAAGAAAACUAGAACUCGAUCCGUUGAUUUAUCACAUUUAUAUCUAUUAAAUAGUAGCCAAGAAACUCAAUUAACUGCCACAAAUGAAUCAGUGGCAGAUAUAUCACAUCAAAUGAUUAGUCACUACUUAGGUGAUGAAAAUAACUCAUCAUUAGUACCAAGAUUAGAAACCAUUGAAAUGUAUAGACAAAACGUUAAAAAAUCAAAAGAUCCAAAUGUCCUUUUCCAAUAUGCUCAAUACAUUUUACAAACAGCAUUAACCACAUCAGAAUCUUCAUCACCUGUCUCUAUACGGACUCCAUCAAAGAAAAAUGUCUCAACAAAGACAAUAACUCAAAAGGAAUUGAAAAAACAAUUCUUGAAAGAAGCACAACAUUACUUGAAAAAAUUAAGUGAUAAAGGUUACUCAGACGCCCAAUACCUAUUAGCCGAUGCAUAUUCUUCAGGAGCAUUCGGUAAGAUUGAAAACAAGGAAGCAUUCAAUUUAUUCCAAACUGCAGCAAAACAUGGUCACAUAGAAUCCGCAUAUAGAACAUCUCAUUGCCUAGAAGAAGGUCUCGGUACGGCAAGAGAUUCACGUAAGGCUUUGAAUUUCUUGAAAUUUGCAGCUAGUAGAAAUCACUCUUCUGCAAUGUAUAAAUUGGGUCUUUAUUCAUUUUAUGGAAGAAUGGGACUCCCCAACGACGUUAAUACAAAACAAAAUGGUGUUAAAUGGUUAUCUAGAGCCGCGGCAAGAGCAAACGAAUUGACUUGCGCUGCUCCUUAUGAAUUAGCCAAGAUUUAUGAACAAGGGUUUCUAGAUAUUGUCAUCCCUGAUGAAAAAUAUGCAAUGGAAUUAUAUAUUCAAGCCGCUACAUUGGGUCAUACUAAAUCGGCUACCUUAUUGGGACAAAUUUAUGAAGCAGGUAAUGAUGUAGUUCAACAAGAUACUAGUCUUUCAAUACAUUAUUAUACUCAAGCUUCAUUACAAGGCGGUGACCCUGUAGCAAUGCUAGGAUUAUGUGCUUGGUAUCUCGUAGGAGCGGAACCUGCUUUCAAAAAAGAUGAAAAUGAAGCUUUCCAAUGGGCUUUAAGAGCAGCAAAUGCUGGGUUACCAAAGGCUCAAUUUACAUUGGGCCAUUUUUAUGAGCAUGGGAAAGGUUGUGAAAUUAAUGAAUCAUUGGCAUGGAAAUGGUAUGAAAGAGCAGCAGAAAAUAAUGAUGAAAGAGCAUUGAAUAAAGUAGGAUCCAAAUUUGGUCAAGAUAAACUUAAAAAUUUAUCAACCGGUGACGCGAAAGUAAAAGGUAAACAAUUGCUAAAGGGGAAAACACAUAAGAAAUCAAAAAGUAUUAGUUCUUUGAAUUUAUUUUCUGUUUUCGAAAGUAACAAAAAAUAA